AUGGCUUCACGAGACCCUCCUUCGCCGUCGCCAAGUCCACCUAGAGAUGUAGGAGAUAGAUCACCGCCUCGAAAAAGACCCAGGACCCGCGCGCCUCCUCAAGCGGCAGCUCCAGCUUCAACUACCGCGACGGAUACAGCGACGAAUACAGACAUGCCAGCCCCCAAGAUCGAGGCUCCGGCGGCUGACACUCCUAUCCAUCGCUUCUCUAUACAGCCACUCAAUCGCUUCCACGGCGCGUCAGCCAAGAUAAAGCGUCCGCGCGAAGUCGCCCACUUCUCCUACGACGACAACCACGAAUACCAGCCAGAUGAGUCGGGCAUCAACUACUACAUACCGCCACCCAUGGGUGCAGAUCUGAAGGAGGGCUUCGAUACUUUCAAACACUAUGAGGACAAGGAAGAUCCUCAUCUAGACAGUCUGCUCCGGGCGCUUAUGGAAGACAAGACAGGCAAAGAAGAGGUGAAAGCCGACUUCAUGACCUGGCGAGGUAUGAUGACAAAGAUCAUGACAGCACCCUUUGACAACUUUGCCGAAUUCAGCAUGUUCGCAACCCUCCACAACGGCACCAUCUACAUCGAAGAAGACUUCCCCUCGCGCGCCGCCGACCGGGCCGCAGAGAGUUCCCGUCCUCCGCCUCGCUACAACCAACACCCGGACCAGCAAUCCCGCGAAAUGAUGACAUACUGGGGCUACAAGUUUGAGAAACUCACCCUCAUACCCACUCUACCCUCUUCCACGCCUCGCGAGGAAAUCGAACAGCACCAAAAAGGCGUCGUAUCAAACGCUGCCCAGCACUGCUCUAUAGUGCACACAUCCUUCGGGCCUCAUAGUCUGAUACUAGGCGGCGAAGUAGACGGCCUCCUCGCACCGAAACCAUCAGAUCCAGAGCAACCUAUCCAAUGGGUCGAACUGAAAACCAGCGAAGAACUUCCUCCACCGCGCCAACAACAACACCGCGACAUCCUCAAGUUCGAGCGAAAGUUACUCAAGUUCUGGGCUCAGUCUUUCUUACUCGGUGUACCCAAGAUCACCGUGGGGUUUAGGAGUAAAGCCGGAAUACUAAGGGGGCUGCAGACGUUCAAUACGCAUGAGAUUCCUGGCAUGGUGCGCAGGGGUACGAAUUGCUGGGACGGGAAUGUGUGUAUUAAUUUUGCGACGGAGUUUUUGGGGUGGUUGAAGGGGGUUGUGGUUGAUGAGGGGGUUUAUGGUGUUGUGCUGAGGAAGAAGAGUGGGGUUGUCGAGGUGAGGAGGUUGAGGGAUGGUACGGGGGAUAUUGUUAGUACUGCUUUCAAGGCAUACAAGAGUAAGGGAGGUGGUGCUGGGCAUGACGAUGGGGAAGCGGAGGGGGAUGCUACUGGCUAA